AUGCCACGGACAACCACUGUGGAGUGUGCUGGUUGCCCUCCUCUACGAGCUUUAACAUUUGACGUCCUUGGCCUCAUCAAAGUUGUGGAGGCCCGUGAUAAGCAACGAGGAGUUGCCCAGGUGGUAGAGAGAUGGGGCGAGCCUGAAUCAUCCAAAUGUGUGAUGGCUGUUUCAAUGGUUGAUCGCAACAGUCAGCCUUUAUUAGCUGUAGCAAGGAAAAACAAGAAGAUUGAAGUUUUGAGCCCUGUGAACGGAGAUAUACAGGCCACAAUUUCGGAUACCAGUGGCUUAGAUGUUCAAUCUGAAGAGAAUAACAUUGUUGGUUUGCAUUUAUUUGAAAAACAAAAUUCGGAAUUACCUUCCAGGUGUUGUACUCUACUUACAUGCACAACCAAAGGAAAUGCUAGCAUAAGGUCCAUUGAAUUUGCUGAUUCAUCUAAGGAGUCUUCCUGUAUUGACUCUCCAAAAACAUGGAAUGUAUGCUCUGGUGGUAACAUCUUGUGUUGCAAGGUGGACGGAAAUGAGAACUUUGCUUUAUUUGGAGGGAAAGGGGUUGAAAUUAAUAUUUGGGAUAUUGACAACCUGACUAAGAUCUGGAAUUCCAAACCUCCACCUAAGAAUAACCUUGGUAUAUUUACACCUACUUGGUUCACAUCUGCCACAUUUCUUAUGAAAGAUGACCAUCGAAAAUUUGUUGCUGGCACCAACAGUCAUCAGGUCCGCCUUUAUGACAUAUCUGCUCAGAGGAGGCCUGUUCUAUCAUUUGAUUUUCGUGAGACACCAAUUAAAGCAGUGGCUGAGGAUAUAGAUGGCUAUUCAGUCUAUGUAGGGAAUGGGUCUGGUGACAUGGCUUCUUUUGAUAUACGCACAGGAAAAAUGCUGGGAGGUUUUUCUGGAAAAUGCUCUGGAAGCAUCAGAUCCAUAGUCAGGCACCCUCAGCUACCUGUUGUAGCUUCAUGUGGUGAGCGCUACUCUAUUAUUUCCUUUCAUUUGGUGUGUUUUCUCUGGAUGAAGAGACUGGACAGCUAUUUACGCCUUUGGGAUACAAAGACAAGACAGCUUCUUUCUGCUAUUUUCCUGAAGCAACAUGUUGUGCACGUUCUUUUUGACUCUAACUUUGAUGUUAAAGAAACGGAUUUGCUAUCAUGCAAGGAACAAAAUCUGACUGAGGAAGUUGAAGCAACACCUUUGAAAAGAAAAAAAUCUGCCAGAAACAAAGAGCAUAUUCAAGAUGGUAGUGAAAGAAAGAAAAGAUCUAAACAUAGUAAAGAACACAAGAAAUCCGAAGGAAAUGAUGGACGUGAGAAGAUUGCAUCAAGAAAUGAGCCAAGCAAGCCAAAAUUGAAGAAAAAAAAGUAA